AGCGAUGCCGUUGCUAUGACGUCAUCCUGCUGCCGGCCCCGCGCGGGACGGGUGCCAGGAGCCGCGGUUGCCGCCGCCGCCCGCCCGGAGCCGGAGCCGCCCCCGGCGCGGCGCAGCGCAGCGCAGGGCAGGGGGGCGGGUCCGGCGCAGAGCCGUGGCCGGGUGCGCUGGGCCCGGGUAGCCGCGGUGGCAGAAGCUCUGGGCGGGGCGAUGCGGAUGGCGGUCGGUGCGGCAGCGGGCGAUGGGGCAGCGCAGAGCCCCGGCCCUGCCGCCGUGUCGCUGGGCUUGAGCGUGGCCGUGGUCUCCAGCCUGGUGAACGGCUCCACCUUCGUCCUGCAGAAGAAGGGGAUCGUGCGGGCCCGCGGGAGAGGUACUUCGUACUUAACUGAUAUAGUAUGGUGGUCUGGCACUAUUGCAAUGGCUCUUGGUCAAAUAGGGAAUUUCUUGGCAUACACCGCAGUCCCAACUGUGCUAGUGACGCCCUUGGGAGCUCUUGGUGUUCCAUUUGGGUCUAUUUUAGCUUCUUACUUACUGAAAGAAAAACUGAACAUUCUUGGCAAGCUGGGGUGUUUGCUGAGCUGUGCUGGGUCUGUUGUUCUCAUCAUCCAUUCCCCAAAGUCUGAGAGUGUAACGACUCAGGCUGAGCUUGAAGAGAAGCUUACAAAUCCAGUUUUCGUGGGUUAUCUCUGCGUAGUGCUGCUAAUGCUUCUCCUGCUUAUCUUCUGGAUAGCUCCAGCUCAUGGACCUACUAAUAUCAUGGUUUACAUCAGUAUUUGCUCUCUGUUGGGCAGUUUUACUGUUCCCAGCACAAAAGGCAUUGGGCUGGCUGCUCAAGAUAUCUUUCACAAUAACCCCUCAAGUCAAAGGGCUCUGUACCUCUGUCUGGUACUUCUGGCAGUAUUAGGAUGUAGCAUUAUCAUUCAGUUCAGAUACAUCAAUAAGGCACUAGAAUGUUUUGACUCCUCUGUAUUUGGUGCCAUCUACUAUGUUGUGUUUACCAGCCUAGUCCUGCUGGCUUCAGCUAUCCUUUUUAGGGAAUGGAGUAAUGUAGGAGUGGUAGAUUUCUUGGGAAUGGCUUGUGGAUUCACCACAGUGUCUAUUGGAAUUGUUCUUAUACAAGUCUUCAAGGAAUUCAACUUCAAUAUCGGGGAUUUAAAUAAACCUAACAUGAAGACAGAUUAAAACAUUUUUUGAGGGGAAACUGGAUGGCUCAGGGAAAGAUGCAGAGCCUUUCAUUUCUAGGUCACUGAUUCAAAUGUGAUUCAGGUUGGUAGCUAUCCUCUGACAAACUUGGUGGCCUACGUGAAAUGAAUGGGAGGCCUCCAUCCAGUUUCAAAGGAACAGUUAUCCAUGUACCCUAGUCAACACAAUAAAUGACCUUAAUUGGAACCACUGAUUGAGUCAGCAUAGAGACUGAUGUGUUUCCUUACUGUAAAAGGUAAUGUUAUCAGAAAAGAUCUGGUGAUAUUCUGACAGACCUGUGUGUGAAAGCUUGUGUUGUGGCUUCUGAGGUACUGUUUCUGUGGGCAGAGAACAUCAGUUUCUAAUGCACUCAAUCUGACACCUUUCAUGAGUGGUGUAUACCUUAAAAUAUGGGGGAAAGGGAAGAAGGGAGUACAACAACUUGUUUGUCUCAAUAUAGCAAUGUGUUCACUGUCAAGGCUUUGAAUUCUGAGACAAAUGUUGGUUGAACCAGGGACUGCAGAUGUGUCCUUUUUAGUGACUGUCUUCACAACUUGGUCUGCCAGGCAGUGAAAACAUUUGGGAGUUUUAAACUGAAUUCUUAUACAGAGCAGUGGACCCUUAAAAAUCUUUCACUAAUUACUUAUCAUCUGAUGGUAGUGUCCAGGUAUGCAUUUUUCUUUGUAACUUAUGUGCAUUAAGACAUACCACAUUCAUCUGAGAGUUUUUAAUUGGGAGCCAACAGAAAGACUGUGAAGGAUGUGGAAAUGAUGCACAGAUUCAUUGCCUAUAUGGUGGCUUAUUCGUAAACAGCUCAGAACUAUAUCAGUGCCUUUGUAAUCCAAAACUACUGCGUAAAUGUGAAUGUAUUUGUUUCAGAUGGCCUAUGCUAGUUUAAUAAUUCAGUUCUACUGUCUAUAAUAUUGGACUGUAUUUAAAUUCUGAGCACAUAAAGCACCCAGAAGCCGCCACACGUUUUCGGAACAAUUUACCAACCUGAACUAAAACCCUCAGAUGCCUUGACAGCUUCUGAAAAAACCAUAGUCCUAAUGGGAAGAGGUAAUCUACAGGCAGACUCCUUAAAGCAAUCUAGCAUACCUUUAUUUUAGUUAAGUGACUAAAUAUAGGAAAAGGUUUUGUGAAGCAACUAAUAUGCAGGGACCACAAAAAAAAGAAAUUUGAGAUGAGCAUGAGGUAUCUCAUAGCUGAAAAAAGAUGCUCUGACCCUUUCUUUAACGUGGGAAAAGGGCAUUAAAGACUGAAAAGGCAUAGGCAUUCCGAGAGCUAAGUUUCAGAUAACCAACAGGGAAAUCCAGUAAUCAGAUCCAGUAAUUCAGACCUGUGUGAACAGUUCAGCUGUAAUAUUUUGACAAGUAGCACAGAGACCUUAAGCUCUGAACUGUUCAGAUUAAACCAUUUAGAGAAUAUUGAUAUGCCAAAGAAAAAAAAAAGUAGUUAAUUUUCAUGUUCUAUUUGGUAGUUAAAACAUCACGAGUCAAAAACUUGUGAGGAAAGCUUGAAAAGUGAUGAAUGUUGUUUUCCACUUAAUUACAGCAAUGGAUGGGUACAGUGGAACUCAACAUCCGUAGUUCAGAAUGUUCUUGAAACAAACAACAACAAAAAACCCAACGUGUUUACAAGACAGUAUUUGAAAAAGUCCGUGACACUUUAUCAAGGAAUGAUGAAUGUAGCUUUGCAGAUGGCUGACGGGAACGUGGAUGUUGAUUGAUGGGGAGGUACACUGCUCACUCUCAGGAUGUCUUUUUGACCUGAAUUAAUGUCAAAACUCAGCCUCCGUUUUAUUUUAAAAGGAAUGGUAUAAGCUCUUCUAAUGGCAGCAAUAAUCAUGAACAGUGACUCCUAAACAUCUGGUAUUCCAAAGGGACUCCUCUGAGGGAGUAGGAGCCCCACUGUUACUUGGAAGCUUGUUUUAUAACUCCAGAUUGCAGGGGAAUGACUCUGAGUUAGCAGAAACGUAUGUUGUUCUAGGUCAGCAAUGAAGCUGGGUAUCUUGGUGAAAUAAGGUAGCGCUAGCAGUGAAAGGGCCAGCUUCAUGGAUUUUCAUAUCUUGUGUGUGGUUUCUAGAAAGUCUGAGAAUUGUAGAUGAGGGAAACUGGGACUAUGAAAGCAGGAUAAAAGUAACCUCUGUCAAGUUACUGGUUGGAGGAUGGUAUCUUGGUUCUCAGCAGGCAGUUAGGUUUUGUCAUAUUGAUUCACUUUUUUUUCUGAUUGGAACUGUAUAUAGUUUGUGAGACCUGUAGUGACCUACUUUUUAAAACAAUGUUAGCCGUUUUCUGAAGCAAUCAAGUUGCCUUUUCAAAAUUCAGAUUCAGAGUUCAUGAGUUGCACGUUGGUUUUGUACUAGCCUUUAAUCUUGGAAGACUUCUGUGAAAAUCUUUAGGUCAGAAUGGAAAUGAUUGUGGUUGCAUCUUAAUCCUCCUUUGGCCAUACUUGUUUGUCUUUUUCUGUUUUGAAAUUCCUUCUUAUUUAUUUAGAAAGUGCCUAUCCUAGUAUGUUAGGUGCAUAUGCAAAUUAUUAGUAAUAUUGGAUCCAAAAUAACUUUACUGCCCUGUUUAAACCUCACCAUUUUCUGCACCACACACAAGUUUACUUGACAGGCACUCACUAUGCAGAGUAAGAAUAAAGUAGCAGCCGUGUUCUGUGGUCCUCUGACCAUCCUUACAGCUGGUAAAUGUCUGCUAAGUUUUUCUCCCUGGCUGCUCCUCAUCUGUGCUGAGCUUUCUAGAAAUGUCUAGUUAACUUUGUUUAAAACAGAGAUGUCAAAAGCCAGCACAUAAGGUGAAAGAAAUUCUUGUGGCCUUGCGCAUCAUUCAUAUCUGUAGCCUUUUACAUCAUGAAUGCUAAAUAAUUGAAACCUUUAGUUUUGCUACUUUGUUCAGUUUGUUGCAGUGUUCUUUUGCGUUCUGCUGUACUGCAUCUGGUUAAGUUUUAACUUAGAAAUGUAUUACCACUUUCCAUUGUCACUGUCGGCAUGAUUCUUCCCUCCUCCAUUCGUGCUCUCCUUAUUCUAAUGUCCGACCGUUUUUAGUCCUGUUGAUUUUCUGAUUUAAAAAGAGGCACUGUUGAAGUUGAAUUUUAUCUGUUUCCUCCUUUUUUUUUCCCUCUACCUUUUGACAAGUAAGUACUUUGCAUAAGACAGAUACGAGUUCAUCAUCUCAGGGAGCAAAUGUGCAUAGUUGUCUCCUGAGCUUUGGUGUCCCUCAUGGGUCUGCUCCUUUCACGUUCUCUUUGCAUUGCAUCUGUCAAUAGCUAUGAGCCAGAUACUUCAGUUUUGACUCCAAAGUAGAAGUGGGAGAGGCUAUGCAUACAAAAAGUGGACUCAUCACAGUGGUGGGAUGCAUCUGAAUUAAGGCCAAAUCCAUAUGAAAGGCGUUCCACUCCGUAUGUCUGGCUUCUGUUAUACCAGUCAAACAUAUUUACUUGGUACUCACUUGAAGAUAGCUCUUUGAUCAUUAUCCCUUCAGUGUAUGGAGGAUUUACAUGUGUCAGUCACAGUCUUUAUUAGGUGUCAAACACAAAAAUCCCUCAAAUGUUCAGUAGGAGAAUAGAAACCUUUUUGAUACCACCAAGGAAAAAAAAAAAAAAAAAAGAUUUGUUACACCUUAAAUACUUAUGUAAAGAAGAAAAAUCUCAAAACAAGUUAUCUGCUGUGCUGACUUUCCAGGACUGGACUGUGUGUGUGUAAAUAGAGCCUAUUUAUUAGUGAGCUGCAACUAACAUUAAUAAGAACCUGUCAUAUCACAGCUUGACAAGUAUGCUUCCUAUUAAUGAUCUUGGUUUAUAUUGAACACACGUAUUUUUCUGAAGUAACUAGCACUGAAAAUUGAAAACACUGGAUUAAUUUGUUGAAACGCUAGAAACUGAGGUUUAGGUUUCCUUUUCAUUUAAAAAAAUAGAGGGCUUGUAUUUAAGAAAGAUUUGCAGUUAAUAAAUAUGGGGUGCUCAGAUGGGCAGUUGUUUGCAUGUUGUACCCCUCUAACCUUCUUGUUUCAUAAAUAUAAA